GAGAUUCGGGGAGGACGGGUUUCUGAACUCACUCCCAGUCGCAUUGUUCCAAUCCCCGAACUUGAUGAAGAUGACUGGAAACCGGGCUGCCGGCGUUCCUGCACAUCGUACACGUGCAGUCACAGUCGUUUUAUUUUUCUAUCAGGGAAUUACUGUAAUCCUCCAUUAUCGCUGUGUGUGACACUCAAUUUCCUCCAUUAUCACUGUGUGUGUGUGAGAGACACUCAGUUUUCUCCAUUAUCACUGUGUGUGUGAGACACUCAAUUUUCUCCAUUAUCAUUGAGUGUGUGUGUGUGUGUGUGUGUGUGUGAGACACUCAGUUUCCUUGUUCCUCUGUACUGUCAACGAUGCCUCAGCUGAGACCAGCAUCCUUUUCAAAGCUCAGGUGACCUCCAGGCUCCCCCACCAUGUCCAGGCCACAGACUCCAGAGCAGCCUCUGGAUGCCCAGGGAAACUCAUCUCCACACAGGAGGGUUGAAGACUCUGGGGAGGGAACCCAGAAUUCCCACCGAAUGCUGGGCUUCAGUGAUGCACUCCUGUCCAUCAUCGCCACCGUUAUGAUCCUGCCUGUGACCCACACGGAAAUCUCCCCAGAGCAGCAAUUUGACAAAAGCAUACAGAAACUUCUAGCAACUAGAAUCGCUGUCUACCUGAUGACAUUUCUAAUCGUCACAGUGGCUUGGGCAGCACACACUAGAUUGUUCCAGGUUGUUGGGAAAAUAGAUGAUACGCUUGCCUUGCUCAACUUGGCCUGCAUGAUGACCAUCACCCUUCUUCCAUACACAUUUUCUUUAAUGGUGACCUUCCCUGAUGUUCCUCUGGGCAUCUUCUUGUUCUGUGUGUGUGUGAUCACCAUUGGCACUGUACAGGCACUGAUUGUGGGGUAUGCCUUCCACUUCCCACACCUACUGAACCCCAGAAUCCAGUGUUCUGCACACAGGGCCCUGUCCCGGCAGCACAUCCUGCGCCUUGUCCUCCGUGGCCCAGCACUGUGCCUAGUUGCCGCUGUUUUUUCCCUCUUUUUCUACCCUAUGUCAUACCUACUGAUGGUGACCAUCAUCUUCCUCCCCCACGUCAGCAAGGCCACCAGCUGGUGCAAAGUCAGGCUCAUGGGCCGCCAGGAGCCCCCAGCUCGUAGUGUGGAACCUUUCAGUUUUGACCUGCAUGCACCCCUCAGCAAGGAGCGGGUGGAAGCCUUCAGUGACGGUGUCUACGCCAUUGUGGCCACGCUUCUCAUCCUGGACAUCUGUGAGGACAAUGUUCCAGACCCCAAGGACGUGCAGGAGCAGUUCCACGGCAGCCUCGUGGCCGCCCUGGGUGCACACGGGCCACAGUUCCUGGCGUACUUCGGCUCCUUUGCCACGGUGGGUCUGCUCUGGUUUGCCCACCACUCGCUCUUCCUGCACGUCCGCAAGGCCACGCAGGCCAUGGGGCUGCUGAAUACCCUCUCGCUGGCCUUCGUGGGCGGCCUUCCCCUGGCCUAUCAGCAGACUUCGGCCUUCGCCCAGCAGCCCCGCGACGAGCUCGAACGUGUGCGCGUCAGCUGCGCCAUCAUCUUCUUUGCCGGCAUCUUCCAGUUUGCCAUCUGGACAGCGGCCCUGCUACGCCAGGCAGAGACACUGCAGCCUUCAGUGCAGUUUGGUGGACAGGAGCAUGCCUUCAUGUUUGCCAAGCUUGCACUAUACCCCUGCGCCAGUCUGCUGGCCUUUGCUGCCACUUGCUUGCUCAGUCGGUUCAGCACUGCCAUUUUCCACCUCAUGCAGAUCUCAGUACCCUUUGCAUUCCUGCUGCUGCGUCUCCUCAUGCGCCUUGCCUUGGCAGGCCUGCGGGCCCUUCAAGGCCUCCGGCCAGCACACCCUGUGCCCAGCCAGGCAGAGGCUGAGGCUCAGUCCCGGCUCCUGCCUGCCUCCUGCUAGCACCAAGGAGGCUGCUGCUCACCACCAGAAAGAUGGAGCCGAAGAAUGGACUGGCAGGGGACCACUGUGGCCCUGGGGCUACGAUCUUACUUGCUUGGAUAUUCUAUCCAUUGUGAAAUACUAAGGUCUGUUUUAGAGUACAAAAAUUGUUCUACUUUUUGUA